GUUUGUGAAGCUGGUGCGAAAAUGCCGAGACUUUGAACGUGGAGCUUCUGUGGCUGCUUUCAAUGCCGCAGAUACGAGGAAUGCAGGGCUGCUCGACGACCAUGCUGCAGCCCUUGCUUUACAGCAGCUGGGGUUCGAGGGGGUCAAACUGCCAGAGAAUUCGCGGGUUAGCAUGGAUCUCAACGACUUCUUGCUAUUGGUGGCACGCCUGGAGAAGGAGAGACUGCGGUGCUUGCGCACAUACUUCAACUUCUCGCCGACAGAGCUUGGAAACUUGAGGAUGGAAUUCGACCGGGUUGCUAAGGACGGCUCAAGUGAGCUGAAGAGGCACGAGCUGCCGCGCCUCGUGGAGGUGCUCUUCCCGGUCUAUGCGCACUCUCCGGAGUUCCGCCCGAUCCUGGUCCGACUACUGAAAGAGGUGAAGCUCGACGAGAGGCAAGCGGUCAAGUACAUGGAUUUCCUGCAGCUGAUCCGCACAAUCCGGGAUGAGACGGAGAAGCACCAGUGUCUGGUCUAUGCAGAGACCAUACGGCGCCUGGAGUUUAGCUUUCGCGAAGCAUCCGAGUUUCUGUCCGUUUUUCUGUCCGCUUCCGAAGAAGCCCAGCGAAAGUUAUCAAGUGAAGACCUCGUCACGUUGUUCCAGCAAUGUUUCGACAUUUCAGAACGCGAGUGCCACCAGCUGCAUGAAUGCUUUCUGCUCAGCGCAAAGCCUGUCCCAUCGAAGAGCCGCAGUGCGGCACCCACGCAGUCGUGCAGCUUCACUUUGAAGAGACCUGAAGAAUCGCAGAGCUUUACCCCGACCAUGGGAUUCCAGGGACCAAAGUCGUCAGAGGAGACCGGUGUGGACUUUUUGGAUUUCCUCGAAAUCAUGCGCAGAGUCAUCGAAGCUGGACUUGGAGGUGCGCUGCUGCACAAAGGCAGCUUCAGAGCGCUCCGGGAGGACUUCGGAGCAUUGAUCUUGAUGAACCAGAGGUGCCUGUACCUGGAAACCUCACGACUAGGAGGUAUCGAGUCUUCCUUGCCCGCUAUGUCGGCCUUUCUGCCAGAGUGCGCUGCUCUUGUUGCCGCGCAUCCAAUGCGCGCCGAGGUGGUUUGCUGGUCGUCCUGCCAUGGGUACUUACUGGCUUCGAUAUUCUGCUUGCUUUGCCUACGCUUCUACAUCUGGGGGCUGCGGUACAGUGGUGCUCUUUUGUUCGGCCUGGCCGUUUGCUCCAAGGCCUCUGCAGUCACUUUUCCGUGUGCCCUUUUUGCCUGGGAGCUCCUGUUUGACGAAGAUCCGAUGGUUUUGGCGGCUGCGAGGGCGGCCGCGAACCUCUGGCCUUAUGUGCCUCAAGCAGUUGGUGCCGCGGUGAUGGCCGUGGUGGCCGCAAGUGGCGCGCAUGCAGACGCUCGGCCACUGAACAGCCUGGAGACAGUGCUCCGGGCCUCGUAUGCGCCUUGUUUCUACCUUUGGAAAACGUUUGCCCCUCCGUGGACAUGGACUACGCCCCGCUAUGACUUGCCGGAGAAGCUUGAACUUGCCGACUUUCAAUUUGCAUCGGCCUUGGCGUUCCUGGCAGCGACGUUGGUCUUCAUCGCAUGCUUCGCAGCUCUCGAGGCUCUAGGGGCCAGAAGCUGGAGCUGCCGUGCACUAUGCCUGGCUUGGGCAACCUACCUUGCAUUGCUGCUUCCGUCACUGGGCUUCGUGUCAACCCAUAUUUGGGCCUUGGCCGCGGACAGAUACGUGUACUUGCCGACCCUCUGCAUCCUCAUGCCGUGCACAGCGGCCGUGCUCCAAAGUUUGUGCGAGGGACGCGCGUGGAAGUGCAGGGCUUUGCCGGUGGCCUUGGGGAUCGUGUACCUCCUCUCUUGUGCUUGGCGUGCCAAUGAGGUUGCAUGUCACUGGGCUUCCGGGUCCUCAUCUCUUUUCGAGGCUAUCCUGCACGAGCAGCCCAACCAGUUCAACACGUUGAAGGACUUUGGAACUCUUGAGCUCAAGCGUGGCAAGCUGCAGAAAGCCAAAGCUCUGCUUUCUCAUGCCCUGCGGAUUCGACCAGAUCACAGCGGCCUGCUCUUGAAUAUCGCAACCCUGCUGCAUCAGUCCAAAGAAACGGCUGAGGCAGAGGCGAUGUACCGGAGGGCCUGUGCGUCGGCCAAGGCCGCUGUGGAACGAUGCCAAGGGUGCCAGCCGGCAGCGACGGAGCUAGCAAAAGCUCAUGCUAACUAUGGUGGACUGCUUCUACAGUCCGGACGGCAUGUGGAUGCCGCAAAGUUGCUGGAGGCCGGUCAGCCGUGGGAUGGUGCAGUGGACUCCGCGGAUGGCUGA